AUGAAGACAAUUGCUACUUUGGCUGUCCUUUUAUCUGCGGUUUCCGCCAAGAAGCUCACUCUUCGCAGUGUGAAGGCAAAUCAAGAACUUGCCACCACGACAUCCUGCGACAAACAGAAGUGCCCAGCAGCCUGGAGACCAAAGCCCAACCAUCACACUCUGUCGGGCUCUACCUCUGCAGACUGCUGUGACAAGACAUGCGAAUUGUUCACCUGCAGGGGUGUCUACCGAUCCAACGAGGCAUACUGGGGCAACGUUGGAAAUUCGCCACAGGUUUGCUGCGACAAGAUGUGCGGGACUGAUUUUGAGUGCGAUGUGGGCUACGUUCUGGCAGAUGCCACUGCUCCUGGUGUUUCCAAGAAGGACUGCUGCCAACCCAAGUGCCAGCUCUUCGAAUGCACUGCCCCUUGGGCACCAAGCGCAGCGAAGAAGGAUGUGGUGGCCAGCAGCGCAGAGGAAUGCUGCGAGAAGACUUGCGCCGCGGUGAACUGCUCGCUGCCCGGCUGGGCGCCCAACAAGAGCAAGGAGUUGGAAAUUGGCAGCACACCUGAGGAUUGCUGCACCCCAUUGUGCGGCAACUCCGCCCAAGUGAAAUGCCCCUUCGGCUCUGCGGUCAAAGAUGAGGAUGUGAACAAGACAAGCGACGGAACGGAUGAGGGCUGCUGCGCUCCACAGUGCAAAGCCUACAAGUGCAGCGAUGGUUUUGCACCCAACGUAGCAAAGGAUGACGCAUUUGGUGCAAGCGAUGAGGAAUGCUGCUUGCCAACUUGCAAGAAGUUCGAGUGCUCCAUGGAAAUGGGCUGGGCUCCUUUCCCUGCAGUGGAAAGCGACAUCGGAGACAAUGCCACACAGUGCUGCCUGGCUACCUGCAAGCAGUGGACCUGCAAUGCCACGGAGGGCUGGCUGCCCUACCCAGAGGGCGCCAAAGACAACACCACCGGUGCCAGCAACAGCAUUUGCUGCAUGCCAGCCUGCGAGAAAUACAGCUGCAGCUCUGCCAAGGGCUUGAUGAAGAUUCCAACGGCCAAAACGGUGGGUGGCACCACCGAUGAGGAGUGCUGCGAGAGCAGCAAGUGCGACGACGUGCGAAACAAGAUGGCCAAAAUGGAAGACAAGGAGGUUUGCAACGGCUUGGAGAAGGAGAAGUGCUUGAAAAAGUAUGCCAAGGUGAAGCAAGGCAACUCCCCUGCGAUCGUGAUGUGCAGCUUUGAUGAGACCUACAACCUUUGCCGCUACGACACGGACUCUGCCAUCAAGGGUGGCUGCACUGAAAUCUGA